UCACUCUCUACUUCUUCUUCUUCUUCUUCGGUCCUCUUCUUUCAACUUUAGGUUUCAGCUAAGGAGCUAAGAUGACUUUCUACGAUGACAUUUACCCAUUCUACCCUUUACAAAGGACCUCCUUCAUCUUCAGUGGCUGCUUGCUCACCAUUAUUCUGGUCUUCCUUGUGCUAGCAGUCAGUCUUCUUCUCAUUCUGCCAGGGAUACGAGGGAAGUCGAGGCUGUUCUGGAUGAUUAGAAUAAUUAUCAGCUUGUUCAUAGGCGUGGUCAUAGUGGCGCUCAACUUCACCAAUGACUGGGCUGAGGCCAGAAUUACCACUAAUGCCACCUACAAGUCUUUCAGCAAUGCAGUGGUUAACGCUGACAUCGGCUUGCAUGUUGGACUGUACGGCAUUAAUGUGACACUAAAGGGGAAUCCUGUUGUACAGUUCAAUGAGACCAUUGACUACAACGAGAUGUUCAACUGGCAUGACACUAUUGAAGAAGAGUAUGAGGAAGCUCUGGAGAAAGGUUUACCCAACCCCAUCCUGUACAUCGCUGAGAAAUUCACCCGGGGCAGCCCAUGUGGACUCAUCUUUCAGUACAGAUACUCUGGACGAUACGCCUCUGCAACCCUCUGGACGGCGUUUUGCUGCUGGAUGCUCACCAAUAUCCUCUUCUCCAUGCCAGUCAUUCUGUACGCCGGGUACAUGAUGAUGGCCACCGCUGCCUUCAUCUUCUUCUCCAUGGCCUCCUUCUCCACCAUCAUGAAUGUGCCACAGUGCGUUUUCUCCAUAGGGACCGACUCCUUUGAAACAGAGUACAGCCAUUCAUUCUGGCUGGCUCUAGCUACAGGUGUGCUGUGCACCCUCAUUGGGAUUCUGGUGGUGAUGUUGAACUUUCUUAUACCAGAGAAGAUGAAAGAGGCUUUCAGUGUUGGCGUCGACAGUUAUGAAGACGAAGAUGUUUCUUAUGGGCAGGGCUACCUGAAUUCAGUUUUUCUUGAUGGCGUGACAAUUUCACCAUUGACAUCAAAAGGCACAGCGGAACAUAUAUGAAGCCAUCCUGGUUUCCCUCAGGGACCUUUUAAAAGCCAAUACUUGAAGAUAUUUUUGCUGAAUGUGUUACAGAUGGAGUGUCUAAUUUC